AUGUCUAGUAACACUGAAUUUGGUAAUUCAAAUGAUUGGGUUAAUUGGAUUAAAGAAUCUACUACGAACAAACAAAUUAAAUGUUAUGACUAUAAACAUUUUAAUAAUAUUCAAGAAAUUGGUUUUGGAAGUUUUGGAAAAGUUUAUCGUGCAAACCUGAAAAAUUCUCAUAGUUAUUUAGCAUUGAAGUCUUUUUUUAAUUUUAACAACAUGACCAAAGAAAUUGUUAAUGAAUUUAAACUUCAACGUGAAGUAGAUUUUCAUGAAAAUAUUAUUCGCUUUUAUGGAAUUACAACGGAAAUCCAAAGUGAUAAUUCAAAAAAAUAUUUGCUAGUGAUGGAAUAUGCUGAUAGCGGCACCCUUCGAAACUACUUAAGUGAACACUUAGAAUACCUCACUUGGAAUAAUAAGUUAAAUUUGGCACUUCAAUUAGCUAAUGCUAUAUCAUAUUUACAUGAUAAAGAAAUCGUACAUCAUGAUUUGAAUUCCAAUAAUAUACUAGUUCAUAAGAACACCAUCCAAUUGACUGGUUUUGGAUUAUCAAAAAGAAUUGAAGAAUCAUAUAAUAUUCAAUCAAAAUUAUAUACUAAUGUUGAUCCACAAACAUUUAGUCAAUUACAAUUAUAUUCAUUAAACAAAAAAAGUAAUGUUUACAGUAUUGGCUUACUCCUAUGGGAAAUCUCUAGUGGACGGCCACCUUUUUGUGAUGAAACAUAUGAUGUUGGUUUGGCUGUGGAAAUAUUACGAGGGGAGAAGCCUAUUCCUAAUACACCAGAUGACUAUGUAAAAAUAUAUUGUGAAUGUCGGAAUAAUGAGCCAGAUAAUCGUCCAACUAUCAACCAGGUUGUUGCAAAAUUAAAUGCAAUUAUUUCAGAUUUUCAACAAAAUGAUUAUAAUUCAGACAUCCAAUUAUCAAGAAAUCAGCUGUUUAGAUUAAAUAAUGAUAAUCCAUUAAAUGAGAAAAUGUCUCAAAUUGUUCAAAAUUUUAGUAGGAAUAAUAUAAAAGAAAUAGAACCUUUAAUGUCAAAUCUAAUUAUAAAUAACUUUAACUUGGUGGUUAAUAAUAUAAUUCUUUUUCUUGAAAAUACAGAUGUAAAAAUGAGAAAAAGUGCAAUUGUUAAUUAUCUUAAUAAUCACGAUAUAGAUUCACAAGAAAUUUAUUAUUGGUUAUUAGAUUGUCAAGAUAAUUCUAGUUAUGUUUUUUUACUUGGAGUAUUUUAUCAUUUUGGAAUUGAAACUAAUGUUGAUAGACAAAAGGCAUAUGAAUUAUAUCAAAUGGCUGCAAAUACUGAAAAUUUACUUGGAAUAACUAGUUUGGCCCAUUGUUAUAUAAAUGGAAUUGGUACUAGUAUUAAUAAACAAAAAGCAUUUGAUUUAUUCAAAAGGGCUGCAAAUUUAGGAAGUGCAAUUGGAACAUUUAAUCUAGGAAAUUGUUAUAGAGAAGGAAUUGGAACUACUAUUAAUAAACAAAAAUCUUUUGAAUUAUUUCAAAAGGCUGCAAAUUUAGGAAAUACACCUGGAAUGACUAAUUUAGGAAAUUGUUAUUUUUGUGGAUUUGGAAUUGAUGUUGAUAAACAAAAAGCUUUUGAAUUAUAUCAAAAGGCUGCAAAUUUAGAAAAUUAUUUAGCUCAAUAUAAUCUUGCUUCUAUGUAUGAAAGUGGAAAAGAUGUUAAAAAGGAUAUAAAUCAUGCAAUUUAUUUAUAUGAAAAAUCUGCUAAACAAGGAUUUCAAAAAGCUCAAAAUAAAUUUGAUGAAUUAAUUAAUUUAAAGAAUUAAAUUGUAUAGUAAUAAAUUUUUUAAUAUAUUUUAUAUAUACUUUUUUUCAUGGUGUUUAAAGAAUUUAACAUCUACCUUCAAAAGUACCCGGGUAGCUCUGGAAAAUGUUCAUUAUUAUCUUAACAAUCAAUCAGAGAUCAGAAUUUAAUAUUUAUUAAUCAGUAUCAAGAUAUAUGUAAUCACAAAUUUUCAUGUUUCUAAGAUUGAUGGAUCAGAAAUUAUUUGCAAAAUGUUUAAAAACAGUAUCAUCAAUUUUAAGGAUAUGAAAAUAAUACUGCAAUUAUUUUCACCUUGAAAAGAUGAAUUUAAUGAACUGUAGAUUGGUAAAUUCUGGAAAUUCUGAUUACUGGUUGCCAAAUUAAUAUUACAAAAAUUUCAUUAUUUUUUUUACAUUUUAAUAAACAAGCAUUUUUUAAAUAACAAAAUGAUUAAAAACAU